UUAUCUGAGCAACAAUUGGUAGAUUGUGAUUAUAAGAGUAGAGGUUGCAUUGAUGGACAUAUGGAAUAUGGUUUCGAAUAUAUAAUACAAAACCAUGGUAUUGUUAAAGAAACUGAUUAUCCGUACCAAGAAAAAAAACAAACAUGCCAAGUAAAUGGUAACAUACAACCAGCAGCUCAAAUAAGUAACUGGAAAUCUGUUACUUCCAAUGAUGAAGAACAAUUACUCCAAGCUGUGGCACAACAACCGAUAGGAGCUCUUAUUGCAGUCGGUGAGGAAUUUUAUGCAUACAAAGAAGGAAUAUAUUCAGGACCAUGUGGAAAAUUUAUUAACCAUGCGUUACUUAUAGUUGGUUACGGUGAAAGUGAAGGGAAGAAAUAUUGGUUGAUUAAGAAUUCAUGGGGUACAGGAUGGGGUGAGAAUGGCUACAUAAGGUUGCUAAGAGAAGGUGAUGGAACUUCAGGUCAUUGUGACAUUGCUACGUAUGUUGCUUACCCUGUUGUUUAAUACUUUUUCAAAUAAAUAUCAUUGUUAUUGUAACACCCAUAUAUAAAAACAUACAUCAAAGCAUAUAAUUAUAU